AUGACGACGAGCACCACAGAAAAGGCGCUUGAGGACCAAGUCAAGUCGGUCCACAAGAAGGAGAAGAAGGACAAGAGCGAGAAGAAGGACAAGAAGGACAAGAAGAGCAAGAAGCGCCAGGCGGACGACGAGGACUCGAACGGCGCUGGCGAUGCUGAAGAUGACAAGGCAGCCAAGAAGCGUAGGAAGGAGGAGAAGAAGGCAAAGAAGGCCGCUGCCAAGGCAAGCGCCGCUACCUCGGUGGAGUCGACUCCCGCUGCCACUCCGGCUCCCGUUGCCUCUACUUCGGCUGCGGCGUUCACACCCACCAACCCAGCAGCAGCACGUGCGUUCCUCGAGACGAACAACAUCACCAUCGAGGCACCCGAGGAGUCCAACGAGCGCCCGCCGCUGCCCAUGGUCGACUUCCGCGAGCUCGAUGGCAAGAUCGACGCUGCUGUCAAGAAGACGCUCGACGCACAGGGCUUCACCACGCCCACACCCAUCCAGGCGUGCUGCUGGCCAGUGCUGCUUCAGAACAAGGACGUGGUCGGUAUUGCCGAGACGGGAUCGGGCAAGACGUUCGCAUUCGGCCUGCCUGCCCUGCAGCACCUCGUGACCAAGCACAAGGUGCUCGACGGCAGCAGUAAGAAGAAGGCCAAGGGUGCCCAGGUCAACGUGCUCGUCGUCGCUCCCACGCGAGAGCUGGCCAUCCAGACCGAGGAGAACAUGGCCAAGCUGGGCAAGUCGAUGGGUAUCGGCAUGAUCUGCCUGUACGGUGGUGUGUCCAAGCAGGAGCAGGUGCGUCUGCUCAAUCAGACCCCCACCGUUCGCAUCGUGGUGGGCACGCCUGGACGAGUGCUGGAUAUGGCCAGGGAUGGAUCGCUGGAUCUGUCCAACGUGACCUACCUGGUGCUGGACGAGGCUGACCGCAUGCUCGACAAGGGCUUCGAGCCCGAUAUCCGUGCGAUCAUCGGCAUGUGCCAGUCGCGCGAGCAGGGCCGUCACACGUCGAUGUUCUCGGCCACAUGGCCACCCGCGGUGCGUGGACUGGCCGAGUCGUUCAUGAACGGCCCCGUCCGUGUCACGGUGGGCUCAGACGAGCUCUCUGCGAACCGACGUGUCGAGCAGACGGUCGAGGUGCUCGCGGACGGCUAUGCCAAGGAGCGCCGACUCAACGACUUCCUCCGCUCGGUCAACGCACAGCGCUCCAAGGACAAGAUCCUCAUCUUUGCGCUGUACAAGAAGGAGGCGCAGCGCAUCGAGCAGACCCUCCGCCGUGGUGGUUUCAAGGUGUCGGGUAUUCACGGCGAUCUUGGCCAGAACGAGCGCAUUGCGUCGCUGGAACGCUUCAAAUCGGCCGAGACGCCGCUGCUGGUGGCUACCGAUGUGGCAGCGCGUGGACUGGAUAUCCCUAACGUCGAGCAUGUCAUCAACUACACCUUCCCGCUCACCAUCGAGGACUACGUGCACCGCAUCGGCCGUACCGGUCGAGGUGGCAAGACGGGCAAGAGUCUCACCUUCUUCACCGAGAUGGACAAGGCGCACGCCGGCGAGCUUAUCCGCGUGCUCAAGGAUGCCGACCAGAAGGUCCCCGACGAUCUCACCAAGUUCCCCACCACCAUCAAGAAGAAGACGCACUCGAGCUACGGCGACCACUUCAAGGAGCUUGUCCCGGGCAAGGCCAAGAAGAUCACCUUUGACGACGACUAA